AUGCACAAAGCACUUGACUCGACUUUGCGGCCGGGCGGAGCCUGGCGCUGCAGAAAGAGGCGACCGCCGCAGUCUCGCGGACGUGACUACGGGGUGAACUCUCCACAGGGAGGCCCGAAUCCACAAAUACCUGGAUAUGGAGGUGGAGGCCGACAGCGGGGGAUGCCGGCUCCGAAGCCAGCGCGCGGAGAUCAGGUUCAGGUUAGAAGGCCACGGAGCCGUUCGCGCAGAAACAGCCCUGGUGCACUCACGGCGCUUGCGCCUCUCGUCGCCCCGCCCCCGACCGGGAAGCUGGGGGAGCCGCGGGGCCGAAGGCGUGCGCGCACCGAGACCCCGUCCCCGUCGCUAACUCCGUGGCUGCGCGCUCUGGGAGCGGCGGGAAGCGUAUGCAGGCUGUCCACCCUCAUUUCAUCCAGGCGCGCUCCUCUACGGUGCACAUUCUCCAGCGCCCUGGCUGCCCCGGCCGUGGUCCUGGCGGUCCGGGUGGUGGCCUGGCUGCUCCUCUGGGAGGCGGCUGGGCGCACCUGCACGUCCGCCGCAGCCCUCACCGACGCGGGCACAAGGGCCACUUGUUCUGAAAUUAUUUUGCGGCAAGAAGUUUUGAAAGAUGGUUUCCACAGAGACCUUUUAAUAAAAGUGAAAUUUGGAGAAAGCAUUGAGGACUUACAGACCUGCCGACUCCUAAUUAAACAGUACAUUCCAACAGGACUUUUUGUGGAUCCAUAUGAAUUGGCUUCAUUACGAGAGAGAAAUAUAACGGAGGCAGUGAUGGUUUCAGAAGAUUUUAAUAUAGAAGCUCCCAACUAUUUGUCCAAGGCAUCUGAAGUUCUCAUUUAUGCCAGACAAGAUUCACAGUGCAUUGAUUGUUUCCAAGCUUUUUUGCCUGUGCACUACCGCUACCAUCGGCCACAUAGUGAAGAUGGAGAAACCUUUAUUGUGGUCAAUAACCCUGAUUUACUGAUGUAUUGUGACCAAGAGUUUCCAAUUUUGAAAUGCUGGGCUCAGUCAAAAGUGGCAGCUCCUUGUGCUUUGAAGAAUAAGGAUAUUUGCCAGUGGAACAAUAUGAAAUAUAAAUCAGUAUAUAAGAAUGUGACUCUACAGGUUCCAGUGGGACUGACUAUACAUACCUCUUUAGUAUGUUCUGUGACUCUGCUUAUUACCAUCCUGUGUUCUACUUUGAUCCUUUUGGCUGUUUUCAAAUAUGGCCAUUUUCCCCUAUAAGUUUUAUGCAAUUAAAUGCUUUCUAUAAACCCAAAUAAGACCUAAUCAUUUGUGACUAGAAGUGUUCUUCUAGAAUUGUCAUUACUUUUGUCUUUUGUCUUCAUUUUUGGAUAAACAUGUUUACUGGAGGAAAUUUUGGAUCAUUCUCAGCUAAUUCCAAAAUUUAGUGCUCUGUUGUGUAGACCUUUGAUAAUCUUCAAGCAUCUAGUGCCAGUAGAGGAGACUUAAUUCUGUUAAAUUACUAUUUAUUUUGUGAGAAGUGACUUUAUCUUUAUUUGGGUUACAAAAAUGAGUACUUUAUCUAUUAGAGACAAAUUAUUCUCAUUUUAUGAAUAGAAACAUUUCAAUUUAAGCUAAAAAUUGAGAAAAAUCAUUAUAAAUAAGAA